AUGUCAUUCUUGUUCGCCUCUCAUAAUUUGGUGAGAUCUUCAGAGCACCGUUUUACUCACGUCACGCCAGAUGAUCACAGCGCGACCAUUUGGAUUGUCUCGGUGCUAUCGUUGAUAUACACUGUCCUGACACUAGCUGUUCGCCUUGGAUACACGAAAUGGCGAACACACGCCCUUGAUGACAUUGUAGUCACUCUUGCGCAUUUGGCGGGCUUUGGCGUGUGGGCUUUCCUAUUCAAAUCACUCAGGAACGGUCUCGGAAAAUCAUUCAGCGUACUCAGCAACAUCGAGAUAUCUCAAGUACAGCAAUCCUUUUUCAAAAGUCGCAUCUUAUCAUACGCUGCACUCACCUUGUCAAAAUGCUCAAUACUCAUCCUGAUCCGCGCUGUGUUCACACGUAACAUCCAUGUCUCGCGCAUGUCUAUUGGCGGUUUACUCAUCGUUGUGAUAUGGGGUGUGUUCAGUAUUUCAGCAAUUUCACUACACUGCCCGGCUGAGCAUGUCAUACCAGAACGCGGUCAAGACCACUGUGUGGAUUUCGCAGUCGCCGUUGGCGACAUAGUUACCGAGAUACUCAUCACAUCACUGCCGAUACUAGGCCUCUACAACACGCAACUACCUCUGAAAAGCAAAGCCACCGUCAUGCUUGCCUUCUCCACGCGGAUACCCAAUAUCGCCAUCUCAAUAUCCUACCUCAUCGCCUCGUUCACUUUCAUCACCAAGAGCCACCCGGCCAUCGCCAUCAUCGCGAUCGUAACCUGGCAAAUCGUCCUCCUAUCCUACAACCUCAUGUCCGCCGCCACCCCGCUCCUCCGCGGCUUCACUCAAGGAUUUAAGACAGCAGGAAUGUCGCUUUUCGACAUGCCCAAUGCUAGUAGCGCCGCAGCAAGUGGAGCAACGCAAGACAGUGUUGAGCUGCGACUAGUCCCACGGCCCAAAAUGCUGCCACAGGACCUUGCCAUGUCGAUUAAUCGGACCGUGGUGCUUGGGGGUGAUGGGAAGCGUAGGUCGAGAGCAUGUAGAGGUGGAGACGGGUAUUAUGAUGAUGUUGCUUCGAUGGAUAGUUGUGGAUCGCGAUGGAUUAUGGUGAGGAGGGAGUGGGAGGUUUCUGAUGAGCAGUAGUUCAAAUCUGGGAUGUCUAGACGAGUGAAUAAGGAAGAGUUGGUAUGAAAGAAAUGGUACUACUUGUUCGACUCGAAACUGCCAGUCGCUUUCCACACUCUUUUUUUUUAAAAAAAAAAGAAUUCAAGCAAUGAUAUCAAC